UUGUAACACUGUCACACUGCCGCCGCUCGGUGGGUUUCGAGUUCUUGAUGGAAAACCAACAGCUAGCUGGCAACAGCAAACGCAAUUUGUGAGGAACUAUUGAUAAAGUAGCCUUAGUUUUGGACGCAGCACACCAAUUGAAAUUCAGCUGCAUUCUGACAAAAGAGGCAAUGCUUCAUGAAGAGUUCUGGAUACUCAGUGAGUGGCUAGUCCGCCAAGGACAUCAUCAGGCACUGGAGCACAGAUAACACCUCCAAACUUAUAAACCAUGAUCCCCAUCACCGAGCUGCGGUACUUUGUGGACACACAGCCAGCAUACCGCAUCCUGAAACCUUGGUGGGAUGUCUUCACCGACUAUAUCUCUAUUGUCAUGCUCAUGAUUUCUGUUUUUGGGGGAACACUGCAGGUCACCCAGGACAAGAUGAUCUGCUUGCCCUGCAAAUGGGUGGUCAAUGAAACCUGCAAGAAGAACUUCAAUUCAAGCAUCACAUCAUCAGUGCCCAAAGGGAUCCAGUAUGAUUUGGACCGCCACCAGUACAAUUAUGUUGAUGCUGUCUGCUAUGAAAAUACAUUGCACUGGUUUGCCAAGUAUUUCCCCUACCUAGUAUUACUCCACACCCUUAUUUUUCUAGCUUGCAGCAACUUUUGGUUUAAGUUUCCACGGACUAGCUCCAAACUAGAACACUUUGUAUCUAUCUUGCUAAAAUGCUUCGAUUCUCCGUGGACAACAAGGGCACUAUCAGAGACAGUGGUUGAGGAAAGUGACCCAAAACCAAUGAAAAUGAAUGGCUCGAUGGACCACAAGGCAUCUGUAAUAAGUGAGGAUGUUGAAGCAAGUGUUCCUAUGCUUCAAAGGACAAAAUCACGCUUUGAGCAGGGCAUUGUAGAUAGAACGGAAACAGGAGUUUUGGACAAGAAAGAGGGUGAACAGGCAAAAGCUCUGUUUGAAAAAGUGAAAAAGUUCCGCAUACACGUGGAAGAAGGAGACAUUGUAUACAGACUGUACAUACGCCAGACUAUUAUCAAAGUCAUCAAGUUUAUUUUGAUAAUCUGCUACACAGGGUAUUAUGUGCAUGAUAUUCAAUUUAGUGUUGACUGUUCUGUAAAUAUAGAGAGCCUGACCGGUUACAGCGUGUACCGUUGUGCUCACCCACUUGCUACACUUUUUAAAAUCUUAGCGUGUUUCUACAUUAGUUUAGUGGUGGUGUAUGGUUUGAUCUGCAUGUACACGCUUUGCUGGAUGCUUCGGCGCUCCCUGAAGAAGUACUCCUUUGAGUCAAUCCGCGAAGAGAGCAGCUACAGUGACAUACCUGAUGUGAAGAAUGACUUUGCAUUCAUGUUGCACAUGAUAGAUCAGUAUGAUCCUCUGUACUCCAAACGCUUUGCCGUGUUCCUCUCAGAGGUAAGCGAAAAUAAGCUGAGGCAACUCAACCUCAACAACGAGUGGACACUGGACAAACUCAGGCAGAGGAUAACUAAGAACUCUCAGGAGAAGUUGGAGUUGCACCUUUUCAUGCUUAGUGGCAUUCCAGAUACAGUGUUCGAUCUGAUGGAGUUGGAGGUUCUUAAACUGGAGCUAAUCCCAGAUGUUACCAUUCCCCCAAUCAUUGCUCAGCUGGUUAACCUGCGAGAGAUGUGGCUUUAUCACACCCCAGCCAAAAUUGAAGCUCCAGCUUUGGCUUUUUUGCGUGAAAAUUUAAAGUCUCUGCAUAUCAAGUUCACCGACAUUAAAGAAAUCCCCUUAUGGAUCUACAGUUUGAAGAAUCUCAGUGAGCUUCAUCUGACAGGGAAUCUCAGUGCUGAGAACAACCCUUACAUCGUCAUUGAUGGGCUCCGGGAGCUCAAGAGACUCAAAGUGCUUCGUCUGAAGAGCAAUCUCACCAAGCUACCUCAAGUGGUCACUGAUGUGGGCAUGCACCUCCAGAAAUUGUCCAUCAAUAAUGAAGGAACCAAGCUCAUGGUGCUCAAUAGUCUAAAAAAGAUGGUAAAUCUGACAGAACUAGAGCUUAUUCGCUGUGAUCUUGAACGCAUACCACACUCAAUCUUCAGUUUACACAACUUGCAAGAGAUUGAUCUGAAGGAUAACAACCUGAAGACCAUUGAGGAGAUCAUCAGCUUCCAGCAUCUUCAUCGGUUGGUCUGCCUUAAGCUCUGGUACAACCAGAUUGCCUACAUUCCUAUUCAGAUUGGCACCCUGAACAACCUGGAGAAGCUGUACCUGAACAGAAACAAGAUUGAGAAGAUCCCCAGCCAGCUGUUCUAUUGCCGCAAGCUGCGCUUCUUGGAUUUGAGCCAUAACAACCUAACCUAUAUCCCAACAGAUAUUGGCUUCCUCCAAAAUCUUCAAUACCUGGCAAUGACAGCUAAUAGGAUUGAGAACCUGCCUAAUGAACUGUUCCAGUGCAAGAAGCUUCGCACUUUGAACUUGGGAAACAAUUGCCUGCAGUCUCUACCAUCACGAUUUGGAGAGUUGACUGCAUUGACACAACUAGAGCUUAGAGGAAAUCGCCUAGAGUGUCUGCCAGUGGAACUUGGAGAGUGCCGACAGCUGAAGAGAACUGGUCUUGUGGUGGAAGAGGACUUGUUCAACACACUGCCCACAGAGGUCAAGGAACAGUUGUGGAAAGCGGACAAAGAACAAGCUUAAAAAACAGGUUUGCAUCUGCAAGUACAGAUACUGAUUUACUGGCUCUGGACCUACAAGUUGGUCCCAGAUGCUUGCCAUAACAGGCAGUAUUCCUGCUGCAUUUCUAAGUUUGGGCAUCAAGAACCAGUGCCAGAUUGGUAGAACCAAAAUCCUGGCAGUUUCUGGUUGUCUUCUUAGUCUAUUUGAUUUAUUAAUUCCUUGACAAAAAACUUCUCAGGCCUUUACAUUAUAAUCCAGUAAUGAUGCUUUUUAGCAAUAAUGUAGUUUGAAUCUUGUGUUUACAUUUUUAUGCCUCUCGAUUAUGGUAUAGAAGACAGCGUAUGCAACACUCGGAGCCAAUUUUACUAAAAAGAAAAAUAACACUGAUCAAUACUAAAAACAUCAGGUUUAAUACAUUAAAAUAUUCUGUCAGGUGUUCUGGUUUGAAGGCACAAUGAGAUGGCAAAAUUACUUCCAAGACAUCUUUAUUUCUGUAUAUAGACGAUAAUCACCUGUUUUGAGUUACAAAGAUACUAUUGAGAGUGAUUUGAUAGUAUGACUUAACAAAACAGUAAUAACUAUAGAUGAGUGGAGUAUAAUUAUACUGAGAGCCUUGUACCUAAAGGUGGUUUACAAAGUGGGAAGAAGAGGGCCAUAGAGGACACUGUUAGUAUUGUAGCGCUAAAGGGCUUUUUGUUAGUUGGUUGGCUGAACAUCUUUUGAUACUAGAAUAGACAAUUUGGCAGAAUGGAGGGUUCGGUUCCCUCUUUCUAUGGAAAGAUGUGUGUUUGACCUAGUGCUUAAGGAAAAGCAAUUAUUCUGCUGAAUAUCACUUAUUGCACUAGCAUUAAAAUGGUAUUAGUGAAGCAUAUCAGAAUACAAACCUUACUGCUAGUAUAUCUUUAAUGGAAAAUAACAUUUUCACAAAAAAGUAUAUGAUAUGUUUGCAAUAACUUGCACAUAACAAAAUAAAAUGCGGGGGAAUGCUUAAAGAUUUUGAAUGAGAUGAGUCAUGUCUGCCUCAUAGGAAUUCAGAUUAAGUUUAUACAGAAUGACAGUGGUGAAAUUAAAAUGGAGCCUGAAAGUAUUUGCAAUAUGUCUGUCAAACGUAGAGGCUUAAAUGAGAUUGGGGCUUUUUUUUUUUUGUAGCAGAUGUAAAAAGAAUCACUGGUGAUAAGCAAUGAUAGCUCAAUAGCUACAAAUAAGAAAGACCAGACAUGUCAUCAUGUCUUUAAAUGUAUUUUUUAAGCACCUCGCCUCAUGUUCAUUUGUAGUUUGUUACUAUAACAUUGUAAUAUUAUAUUUUCUACCUUGAUAGGAUUCAAAUUCUGUUACUUUAUUAUUACUGGACUGCAUUAGUGUGCAAUGUUCAGUGAAGAAGCUGCUCACCUAUGUGUGAGAAAACACACAUCCUAAAUGUUGGAAAUGUUACAUAUUACUCACUGAGGUGAGGAUAAAAGUCACUUUUACUGUUUUCUGCUGAUAUUAAAAAGCUAGUAGUAAAGAAGUUUGAAAUUUUACUGCUACAGAAUCAAUCUACAUUCCAAUUAAAUGAAAAGAAAAUGAAGUAAAUCUUACAAGUCGAUCAGAUUAGUUGCCUUAUUUUCUCCUCUCAUUGUCAUGAAUUGAUUGUUAUGUUUCCGUUGUCUGGUCAGAUGAAAAUUGUUAGUUUUUCAAAGUGCACCAUAAUAGUCAACCCCAGAUAGUGAUGGAGCUAUUGUUGUCAUAGUUUCCUUUUUUGGGGGGGGGUUUCACUUGCAAAAUUUUCAGAAGUGACCAUGCUUGACACUUAAUAUGUCUUAAGUUGAUUCCCCACCCCAACACAUACCCAGUUUCUGUUUUUCUUGUAACCUCACCUUGUGAUAUUGAGUAUGGUUAAAUGUUGGUUUAAAUCUGAUCACCGGUCUUCUUCCUCACUAUUAACAACUACUGCAAAGAGUCGGGGUCAGCAGAGAGCAAACCUUGUAAUUUAAAAUGUCCGGUAAAACUUCUACAAGGCUGUACCUAGCUGUUGAGUUUAGAUUUUGGUUACUGAAGAUGCACAAAGUGUAGUUUAUUAUUAAUGUUUUAUUUUUAUUUAUUUAUUUUAUUUUAUUAUUUUUUUUAAAGCUCAUCUGUCCAAAAGACUGUUGAGCUUAUGCCAGGCAUCCAUGGUGUAUUGUUCAUUCACAAGACAGUGUUAGUCACAAUAUAAUCAAGCUUGCACACACAAUCACCCAGUGAAUCUUCACCUAAAUUGUGCUCAAGAUCGAGGUCAUUUGUGGUUUUAUGGGCAAUAACCUCUGAGUUGUGAUGGAUCGGGUGUCAGAUAAGCUACUAUGUCAUUGACGUUCUGGGUUUUGGGGAAGGGUUUUAUCUGUUUGUUGUUUUUAUACCUUUCUUUGUUUUAGUACCAGAUGUACUUCUUGCAGAAACGAGUUCCUGUUAAGGAAAAGAAAAGAUAUGUUUUUUGUUUUGUUUUGUUUUUUAAAUCAAUAAUCGGACUUAAUUGGAAGUAACCAGUGCAUUCUUUUCUCAAAAUAUAAACUUUAUUUCUCAUAGUUAAAGGCAGAUUUAAUCUUCACUAGUUUUUAAUUAAGAAAGAGAUUUUUAGGUAAAGGUUUACUUGUUUUUGCUCAGUUGAAAGUGACUGUUCUGUAUUUUUGUUUUGACACAGUGACCAAGACAAAGCUAAAAAUGUGGAAUCUGAUAUUGAUCCACAGUUCUGAUGCAGCAUAACACACAACAGAAAUUCUUGUAUUUACCCCAAGAAAAAUACAAUUCCUGUUCUAAUAAAGAUUGACUGAAGCAAUAUACAUAAUAGAAAACAUUUCAGCUAUGCGCAUCUAUAACCGUGACAUGUUUGACUAUGCUAUGUUGUGCAGUAUUACAUUUAUUUAAACUGUAUUGUUAGUAAUGAUAUAGAUUUCUAAUGUGCAUUUGUAUUCCUUUUGUCACAUUGGUUUUACUAAAGACAUGGUGAGAUUUUCACAUUAAGUAGAUUAGAGAUUGUUGUGCUUAAACGAUGCUUUUGCACUAUAGCACUUCUCUCAGAACUUACUUUUAGGUGUUGCAAACAAUAGUGUACAAGUUAUUGUAUGCACAUAGAAAAACCUGUUUUGGGCAUUUUCCAGUGUGGGAAGGUUUACCUGAAUGACUGCCAGCCACGAGAUUAAAUUUAAGUUUACGCUUAAGCUUUUACAUAGAAAUAUUAAAAAGGAAAAAAAGAGAUGGAUUUUGGUCUUUAGUGGAGCAUUUUGAGUGACACCCACAAACACAUCAGCAGUACACCUAUUUAGUAAGAGAAUCGACUAUUCCAUUUAAAAGGGACAUCAUGUCAUCACGUCUAAGUGAUUUGUUGCAAUCAGUACUGUAAAUAAGUGGUCAGUGCAUAGUGUAGUAACAUUAAAUAAACAUGUUUUUGUCUUAGUCACUGUUAAUCUUUCUUUUUUUUUUCAUUUUUAUUAUUAGACUAAUUUUAUUAUUUUAAUUUUGAUAUCUAUUAGGAUUAUUGUAGAACUAAAUUUCUCAGGAAAGCAGCCAGUACUCACUUUUUUUUUAGUUCAUUGUCUAUUAUUAUUAUUAUUAUUAUUACGGUAUUAUUUUUUUAUUAUUAUUUCUGGUAUUUGUAAUAAUUUAAACAGUUGUGAUAACAUUUUUAUAUCAAAUUUCUAUACAUUAUUUUUUAGUUUUGUGUAUUUAAUAAUAACUGCUGAAUUGAAACUAAAUGUAUCUGUAUUUUCAAGGAGAAACCACUUUAUUUGACCUUGCUUGUGUUUUUGUCAAACAUCUCAUGUCUGAAUUGUGUCUUCAUUGUGAGCAAUAGAUAAAGCCCAAGUGUGUAUGUCUGAAUAAUGGGACCUUACCCCUUGGUUUCUGUUUUCUAUUUUUAAUUUGUAUUUUUUCCUCUUAAAAUGUUUAAUUUGGGUACAAAAUAAUUUUCCAUCUUUCUCUAUUACAAUCAGACGUGUUAUCUUGACACAUUUGGUUUUGUGCAGUUUUGUUUUGUUUUGUUUUUUGCCAAAGGAACAUCAUCAAUGCAUUAGUACUGACAUUGAGUGUGUUUGAACAUGUUUCUCUUCAUGUCUUGUACACCACUGACUCCAGUAAAAUAAAAAAAAUGAAGUAAGCCACAUUUGUCUUGGUGUCUG